GAAACACGAGAUUCAGCGGUGGCAAAAAGUUGGGAAUUGUUGGAAUUUGCGAUUGUGGACAAUUUUGCAAUUCAUUUCAAUCCUCCCGGACAUGUCUACAUCAUUUGAAGCAGCAGCUUCCCACGAUCAGAAAUUUACGCAGAAUAAAUCGGAAAUGACGACAGCUUACAAAAUGAGACUAAGAAAUGGAAAAGAUUUGAUGGCUGGUAUCAAUUCAGAUUUCGAUGCACCAAGCAACCUGCAGCCAACUAACAGGAGCUUAGGAAUUUUAGCUUCACAAAGAAGCAGCGGAGGUAAUUGUUGGAAUUGUUUAUCAUCAAGUGGCAGGAAGAUAUCCGAAAGGAGAACAUUGAACUUUGUUCACCUGAGCGAUUGUCCAUCUGCAAAGAAACGUGAGAUGGAUGAUGAAGCAUCAGUUCAGUCCAACGAGACAACUUCAUAUGAGAGGAGAAAGUCAAAGACGUCGAAAGUUGUAAUUUCCAGUGAGAAGCAACUGGCAAAGAGGCAGAAAGCUGACUUCCCUGGGUAUCUAGAGAAAGCAAAUCGUCUACAAUUUCAACAUUCCAAUGGGUGGGAACAAGAUUUGUUUUUAUGGAGAUUUGAUGUUACUCGACUUCUUGAUCGAAACUUGCUAGAAAAUUUUUUGAAGAGGUUGAAGCAAGUUCAGUUACUAAGCUUCUUGGAGAGAACUUGCGAAGUCAUUGCUCCUCCGGAGUUAAUAGCAAACUUUAUCCUCCAAUGCAGAGUAGAGUGGAUUUCCAGCACAAAGAGAGUGAUCAUCUACGAUCUGGAAGCAGCAAAUUUGACUAAGUUGCACGUUGAAAUUUCGAGAGAGUCAUUUGCUGAAGCCUUGCAGUUACCAUUGGUGAAGACCAACCAUGACGAGUUUUCAGACUACUCAAAUCCAAAGUUCUUCAAGAGUUCCAAAGUGGAGUGGCUCGGGACAGAAUACUUUGGUACAUUAUGUCAGUGUUCUCAAAUGAGAUUCCCUCUUCCAAAUGGUUAUGCAGAUUGCAGUAUUUGUUCAAAAUCAAAUCCACCAGAAAGCUUCUGGUUACUGGAUGAGAUCAAAGACCAUUCCGUCAAGGAUCUCAUUCAUUUUAUUGGAUUAUGGAUACACGAUACAUCUAAUACCUCAUGUUUAAGACGAGCAGCAAUAAGUUCUGUCCUCGAAGCUCUGAAUUCAAGGAGUGCUUUGCAGAUAUGGACACAACAAGUAUGGACCAAUUUUCUGUCCACUCUGGAGACUUUGAAAGGAUUAGCCAACUGUAAUUUUCCUUCUGAAUGCAGUUUUAGCACAGCUGGAGUCAUAUCAGCUCUUCUUUCAGGACAUACAAGGAAGCUGAGGAGCUGGAAUAGAAUUUGGCUAGAAUGGGAGAGAGAAACUUACAUCCCGGGAAUUAAAAUCUGCAAAAAAAUGAUCAGCCACAUGCAUCAUUCGACCUUAGCAGCAGAGGAGCAAGAAUCGCUCAUGGUUUAUCACAGAAGAUCGCUCUGACUUCUCAGAAGUCUGAAAUUAGACCAUGAAGACGGUUAAAUGAAAGUAGGUGUAGAGAAAGUUGUAAGUGCCGUGAUUGUAAAUCUUGAUUUAUUGUUGACUUUAUGUUUUGACUUCAUUUAUCUAAGCC